GAAUUCCAAAUGAGGCAGCAAAAACUCUGGCAGAAGGUCGGUGGCACCCGCAUAAUUACUCCAAGGUGGAAGGUUUGCGUGGAAAUGGUCAACAAAGCGUACGGAUUUAUCGUUAACUUCGAAUACGCUAAGAUCCAUCUCGACAAAGACCUGAGAGAACAGGCAUUAUGGAUGUUUAGUGAAAUUAAAAAGUACAUCCAACGUUAUCUGAAUUGGAUGUACUCAGUGACCAAGAAACAGGAAAUAAAGAAAAUUGAAUCACUAAGAGCCAAUGUGGUUAACCCCGAUGAGCCGCUGUUCCCCAGCAAACUAGAGCAAUUCUACUCCUUGAUCAAUUUCGUCGAUGGUGAUUUUUUUGAGUUGCAUUUGAAGAUUCUGGCCGCUUUGGAAGCAUCAAAAUUGAACUCACUGUAUCUUACGCCGAAGAGAGAUCCUACUUUAGUAUAUUACAGUGACCAGAGCAAGGCCAACGUCCAUUACGAUCCGGAAACCAAUUCGAUUUCAAUCCCAGUAAGCUUGUUGCAACCUCCAAUUCAUAGACUUCGUAAGAGGCAAGUGAAUAUUUUGUAGAUUUUGAUGGUGCAACAGAGAGAAUAUAUAAAUGUGCUUUCAGCCCUGCGGAUUUCGCAGCGAUCAGCACUCUUAUUAGCUUUGAAAUCACCCGCGCCAUCAACAUUGGUCAUGUGAAGAGGUUUAAUGAAGCGUCAAUUUGUGACGAAAAUCGCAGUAAGAGCAAUAACACAACCACGAGUAAACUACGAGACGGGGAAAGCCAGGCAACGCAAGACGAAUGGCUGGCCUACAUCUUUGGGCUGCAGAAUUCCUUUAAAGCGUACUACUAUAAUGAUGUCCCUCGGCGCUGUGUGGAAGAUUACUCAGAAGAGCAAAUCUUUUUCCUUAGUUUCGCGAACAUGUGGUGUUCAAACACGUCACCCACCUCUGUAAAUAAUUUGUUACCUGGCCGGUCAAUGGUGCUGGGAACCCUGUCAAAAAUGAACGAGUUUGCGGAAGCGUGGAGUUGUCCAAAAGGCUCCAAAAUGAACCCCUGGUGAUAGAUAUAUCAUUACUAAUACAAAAAUUACUUUUGAAUCUAAACCGAAAUUUUCCCUUUUGCUAAGCUGUUGCAAUAAGAAAUGAAUAUAUAAAUAA